AUGAACAUCUUUGAGGAAUCCAAAGUACCAUCUAUCCUUGAGCCCACAGAAAACGAUGUUGCUUUAAUGUUAGCUGCCAAGUGCCACUUGGGUACCAAGAAUGUAUCAACUCGUAUGAAGCCCUAUGUGUUUACUCGCAGUACAAAUGGUCUCCAAAUCAUUCACCUCGGUAAGACGUGGGAGAAGCUCAUUUUGGCAGCUCGCGCGCUUGCUAUCACUGAUUCAGAGACCAUCUAUAUCACAUUCUCUACUGCAAAGACUCGUCGUCCAGCUAUCAAACUCGCCCAAUACAUUGGUGGCAAGACCAACCAAGACAAGUUUGUGCCUGGUACAUUUACCAACACCUUGGAAGAGCCAUCCAUCUUGGUUUGCAUGGAUCCAAUGACUGAUUCCCAAGCUGUACAAGAAAGCAGCAAGUGCAACAUACCUGUUGUUGCCUUUGCCAAUACACACUGCUCUCUCAAGUAUGUAGAUCUCGCUAUUCCCUGUAAUAAUAUGGGUGCUCAAUCCUUGGGCCUCAUGUGCUGGUUCUUGAGUCGUGCUAUUCUUCGACUUCGUGGCAUUUUGAGCUACACUGUGCCUUGGGAUGUCUUACCAGACAUGUUCUUUCAUUCUGACAAUCAAGAGGAGGAGGAGAGUGAAGACGGCCAACAACAACAAGCCCAUCCAUACGAGCCAAUGCAUAAGCGUAUCAACUGGGAUGCCUCUGAGUUUUCAGCUACUCGCAAAGGUGAAUUUCGCUAUGACAUCCAAGACACACCUGACGACUGGAGUCAGGAUAUCGGUGUAGGAGAUUGGGCAGAUGAUGUUCCUCAAGAGCAACAACAUCAGUCUGUGUCUCGAAAGACCCCUUUAACUGGCCGGGCUGAGGACAUUUCUGAGGCAGAAGAAGAGAAGAGGGAAUCUGAAGGAGAAGGCUGGGGUGAUGCUACACCCGCUGAUUCCAAGCCAUUUACUCCCAACAAAUUUCCUUGGGAUGAUUAA